AUUCCUGAAUUAUGGGAUAUCUCUGAACGAAUUAGUAUAACAAAAGUGACUGAAAAUUAUUUGCCAUUCAUUCUAUCUAUUACCGAUAUCUUUGGUUCGAACAAUCAUAAUCACAGAGAGCCGCUGACGAACGCUCAGGUACAAGCACAAGUACAAAUUACAACAGAUCGUCUCACCAAUAUUGAUCUAGUACAACACAAAUCAGUGUUUUCUAAUAUG